AUGUCGCCAGAAAUGCACAUAGACGACGAACAUCACCUCACAGCCCAGGCGCUCCACCAGCGUCGCAGCGCCGACCCACCCACGGACGGCGACCACGUCACACUGGCCACCGCAACAUCCAACACGAGCCACGCGCUGCAAGCGGACGUCACGCGGCGCCGGGCGUCGCACGCAGGCGCGUCGCCCAAGCCCCAGGCGGGCCGGGACACCCGGGGCCUCGCGGCCCUGCUGGACGACGCACCGGACUGGUUGCAGCCUGUGGCGUUACUGUGGGGGGGCCGCUGGUGGUCCGGGAUCGCGUGCAGCGCCGGCAGCGCCGUGUCGUACUCGCUCCUCGGGCUCUUGGUCAAGCUGCUGGCGCAGCACCGCGUGCCGGUCGCGCAAGCGCUGCUCGUGCGAUGUCUGCUGGGGAUUGUCCUGGCGGGGGGGUCGAUGUCCCUGGACGGACUGAAGCCGCGGCAGUGGUUCGGACCGCCGAGCUUGCGCCGCGCGAUCGCAGCACGCACGUGCGCGGGCAUCCUCGGCAUGUCGGCGUACUUCUAUGGCAUUGCGUUGCUGCCGCUGGCGGACUCAACCGCGCUGUCCUUCACCUCCCCGAUCUGGACCGCCGUGUUCGCGCGGGUGUUCCUGAAGGAGCCCUGGACGCGCCUGCAGUCCGUGGGGACGCUGACGUCGUUCCUGGGCACGCUCGCGAUCGCGAAGCCGUCGAUUCUCGUGGAGGUCUUCGGGCGCCUGACUGGCGCGCCUGUGGUGGUUGCGGCGCCGGUCGCGGGGGACGGCAUGCGGAGGCUCCUGGGGGUGUGCGUCGCGCUUCUCGGUGCAGUCUGCACGGGAGCGUCGUGGACGAUCGUGCGGAUGGUUGGUAAGGCCGGAUGCCACGCGCUGGUGCCGGUGUUCAGCCUGGCGGCAUGUGCGGCGCCCUGCUUCGUGGUGGUGCUGGCCAUCACGCGCGCCAUGAGGAUGCCGUCGCUCGUCGAUGUUGCUGGACUCGUCCUGGUGGGAUUCGUGUCGUUCGUGUCGCAGACUCUCCUCGCGCGCGCGCUCCAGAUAGAGAAGGCUGGUCUCACGACCGCCGUCGGGUACGUGCGCGUGAUCUUCUCGCUGUCCCUGGGCGCGCUGUUCCUGGGUGAAGCGCUGACGCUGUCGUCCCUCACGGGCAUCUGCCUGAUCCUGGCAUCGGCGUACGCGCUCGUCAUCGACCGCCGCGGGCGGGAGGCGGACGAGCGGCGACAUCCACCGCCUCAGCGGUCGUGA